AUGGCCGAAGUCAUAGGAAUUGUGGGCAGCGUCGUAGGCAUACUGGCAGGGGCAGAGUUGGCCUACCAAAAACUCAAGUCGAUAAAGGGGCUACCCGAAGCGUUUUCCGAAGUCGCGCUUAGAGUGCCGCUUGCUCAACAAAUCCUCCGCGAUGUCGAGGAUCGAUCUCGAGAGGCCUUGGAAGAGGCCGCUAUGGCGGUCCUCCCCAUCGUCAAGUCUUGCAAAGGGAACGCCGAGGCUCUGAAGACAACAUUGGAGAAGCUUGACCCCGGAGAAACUACAUUGGCAUGGAAUCAGCAAGUGGACAGAUACAUGUCUCUGAUCAAGAGUCGCGGCAAGAAAGGACGUGUCGAAGACCUCUUGAAGAAGAUUUUUCAGGAUAUUUACACACUGGCGAGUCACCAUGCAAUUAAAUCGGCAAGCUCGGAGCAACUCGACAGGCUGAAGGAAGCCAUUGAGAAAGUUGGGGAGGUCAGGAAAUCGGUCCCAGAUGAGCUGCUGGAAGGUGGCACCAGGGUCAGCAUCUCUCAUGGGGGGCAAGGACCUAUGUUGAAUCAAGUCGGCGACUACACCACGACGUGGAACAAUUUUGGUUCUGGAAACAUCAACAACAUUAGCGGAGACGCCCAUUUUGGGCCGACAUUAGCCCAGAAAAGACGAGAGGUUUUGCGCGAUCUCAACUGCUCUUCUUACGAGGAUCAUAAGGAUCGGAACCCUGAGGCUAUGCCCAAAACAUGCGCGUGGUUCACCAAGCACCCAACCUUCCAAAGCUGGAUCGCCAGCCCGAUAGAGAGGUUUCUCUGGGUCUCUGCAGACCCUGGCUGCGGCAAGUCCGUUCUGGCAAAACACAUGAUCGAUCGCGAACUGAAGACGUCAAGAGUUAUCUACUUCUUUUUCAAAGAUGGUUUGGACGAUCAAGACAAUGCAGAAAGCGCAUUGAAGUGUUUGAUACAUCAACUUUUGAAAGGAGACUCCAGUCUGUUCACAGAUGAAGUGCUCAAGUCUUUUGAAGAACUCGGCCCGAAAAGGUUUGCAGCUUUCAGCAGCCUCUGGGAUAUCUUCACUCAGAUAUCUACCCAUGCCGUCAACACUAUCUGUAUCAUGGACGGUUUGGACGAAUGCGAGGCUUCAGGAUGGUCGAGGAUGGCAAAGGCACUCGGCGAUCUUUACGAAAACGGCAAGAUUAACAUGCGUUUCAUCUUGUUCAGCCGGCCUUAUAGCCAAAUUCGAAGAGCAAUACGAAAAGGUCGAAUACCCCACAUUAACCUCCGUGGAGAAGACGAAAUCGAAAUCGGCAAGAUCUCAACGGAAAUCGACAUCGUCAUAAGACAAAAGGUGAAAGCCCUGUUACAGGAAUCAAGACUCAGCAAAGAGGAGUACGAGAAAGUUGUUCAAAGACUCACGAAGGUGAGAAACAGAACGUAUCUCUGGAUUCAUGUCAUUUGUGACAUGCUUGAAACCCUCGAACGUGUCGAAAGCAACAGUCUAGAAGGGUUCCUUGACCGUCUUCCCGAAACGGUCGAAGAUGCGUAUGACAAGAUCCUGCGUCAAAGCGCAGAUGUUCAAGUAGCUAGGACAAUAUUGCAUAUUGUUGUCGCUGCUGCAAGACCCUUAUCAGUGGAAGAGAUGGCCAUGGCCAUGGCUGUCAACGGCCAUCAAUCAUUCGAAGGUGAAUUCUCUGUCAUGAGAACUGAUGCAUUUGUCGAAGGCAUGAGAAACAUAUGUGGGCUGUUUGUGGUCGUUAUUCAGAAAAACGUCCACUUGAUACAUCAAACGGCAAGAGAAUUUCUCACUCGGGAUGUUCCGCAUGGGCGUCGUCUCGAAUGGGAGGCAUGUUUGAACUCAAAGGAGUCAAACCGAAUCAUUGCAAGGAUUUGUGUCUGGUACCUUCUCAACAUUGGUCACCAGUGUCCUCCGGUGAUACGGAAUGACCCAAAAACACUAGCUUCCUUUGCAAAACGACAUGUGCUCCCGCACAAAUUGGCUUCACAUCUCGGCAUCGGUUGUGUGAUUAAGGCGGUACUUGCAGAAAGCGUAUCUACGCUUCCGGCAGAACAGAGCUCCGGUUCCCGGACCCCGCUGUUCCGUGCUACUACUUCUGGCUCCCAUAACAUCGUUAAAAUGAUUUUCAAGAGGAGAAGUAAACACCGGGUGCCCACAGAUCUCGAACACCUUAGUACUGGCGAGACUCUGAUAAUCGCAUCCAACAACGGCUUGGAUUCCGUUGUGGAAACAGUUCUGAGAAAUGGCAGGAGAGAUGUCCAUGAGCAAGACGCGAGAACUGCACUGAUGGGUGCCGUGGAAGGAGGACACGAUUCGAUCGUCAGAUUGCUCCUUUCCAGCGAAGCCAAUGGCAACACGACAUUUCUCAGGAAACCAAAGAGAUGGAAAUUUCAAACCUAUCGUCAAGAUGCUCUUCGACUAGCAUCAAAGAGGGGGCGCCAAACAACGGUGAAGAUAAUUCUCGAAUCUGGCAAGAUAGAACUGAAUGUCGAGGACCUCAUGGAGACAAUAAGACAUGGAUACGCGGACAUCGUAAGUAUGCUGUUGGAAACUGAUAAAGUCUAUCUGAACUCACAAGAUCGAAUCGGAAGCACGCCACUUUCAUGCGCAGCAGCUCAUGGACAUGUAGAUGUCGCGAAGUUGCUUUUGGACACUGGUGAAGUCGACGUGAACUCACAAGAUUGUGACGGAAACACGCCACUGUUUUCAGCAUUGGAGAACACGAGCUUCAAAAUUGUUGAGAUGCUUCUAGCAACUGACAAUAUUGAUACGAAUGCGCGAAACAAAAGGGGCGAGACCCUUCUUGCCGUUGCAGUCAAGAAAGGCUGCGCAGAUGUGGUCAGUUUGCUGCUAACUGUCGACAACAUACGUGAAAACCACUUGAAUCCGGAGCUUGUCUCAUCUGCUGCAAUGACAAACGACUUAUCACUCUUUAGAAUCCUCCACGAGAAAGGGGAUGCUGAGCUUGGCAUGUCGAGCUCAGAAAUACAGGAAGAAAGCCCAUUCGAUGUCGCUCUUAACUCCGGGGCAAACAGGGUGUUCGAAUAUCUGCUCGAUGCUGGACGACUAGAUGGAGAACUCCACCUCGCGACAAAUGCCGCUCCACACUUCUCAUACGAGCUGUAG